AUGGGAGUGCAGGAAUUAGCCCCCCCUAUAUCGGCAAGGAUACUUGUCACAUGCUUGGCAUGGUACCUGGUGUCCUCCAUCACGUCCCAACUCAGCAAACUCAUUCUCAUCAAGUUCCCAUACCCCCUAUUCUUGAGCCAAUGUCAGUUCUUGAUUAGCGCAGCUUUUGCAUUCCUGUUCAUCUCCUUGACCAGGACGUUUCCCCAGAUCUCCAGCCACUUUCCCAAUGGUAGUGUGCCCGUUGACUCGUCGCAACCGGUGUUCCAGCUUGCCACCUUAGUCAAGAUAUUGCCUCUCGGGUUGUUCCAGUUCUGCGGGAAGUUCUUCUCGUUGAGCGCCACCUCGUUGAUUCCCUUGGCUACCGUCUCGAGCAUCAAGGCAUUGUCCCCUUUGCUCAUCGUCACGGGGUACAGAGUGGUCUACAAGGUGCACUUUCUGGCCGUGACAUAUCUUAGCUUAACUCCUUUGGUGGGAGGAGUGAUUCUCAUCAUAGCAGCAGACUCGGUACAAGGAGCCAUGAGUGUGAUAUCUGGCAGUAGUGGCUUGGAUUAUGAUACCAUCAAGGGAUUGGUCUUCUGCUUCUUGAGCACUUUCAUCUUUGCCAGUCAGAACAUAUACGGAAAGCAAUUGAUGACCUGGGAUGCACCAGCUACACAAGACCCUGCAUCGUUGGUCUUGAAUACAAAGCCGGAGGAUGCCUCCACCCAUCCGUACCGCAACAACAAGUUAAUAAAAAAGAGAACAAACUCGAUCAAACUUCCAUACUCCACCUCCGACUUGCACCUUGACGAAAAGACGGUAUCCCCACAAGUAUCCCAUUACUCCGAACAAGUCAACCAAAAUAACAAGAUCUACAACCCAUUUGCAUUCCUUAUCAACAAGCUAGAUCUCGAUAAGGUCGCCAAGCCUGACAAGUUGACAAUUAUUCUCUACUGUUCGGUGAUCGGAUUCGUGUUCUCGGUAGGUGGUUUCUUAACAAAUGAAUUACCGAGAAUCCUCUACGAAGAAACCCAUCUCACCCCAGCCGAACUAGUGGAGGUUAUGGUGUUGAUCAUCUUGGACUCGUUGUCACAUUUUGCACAGACCAUUCUAGCCUUCCAUUUGCUAGGGCUGAUGCCAGCAUUGUCCUAUUCAAUUGCCUCGAUGAUGAAAAGAAUUGUCUUGAUAGCCGUAAGCAUAAUAUUGGCCAUAGGAACGGUUCCCGUCAAAGAAGAUGCACAUAAAUGGUUUGGCAAAAUCACCAACCAACAGUUACUUGGUUUGGUAUUGAUCAGUGUUGGGUUGUACUGUUACGAUAAAUGGGGCUCAAGUGCAUUAGCUAGACACUAA